AUGGACUGGCAUCAGGUGUUCUUCCUCCAUCCUGUAUCAUUUUAUCAAGGGGCUGCUUUUCCUUUUGCACUUCUAUUUAAUUAUCUCUGUAUUAUGGAUUCAUUUUCCAUCCAUGCCAGGUACCUCUUUCUCCUGACUGGAGGAGGUAUGUUGGCCUUGGCUGCUAUGGGUUCCUUCGCUGUGCUCAUCUUCAUCCCUGCUCUGUCUGCUGUGAUUCUGAUCUCUUCACUCAACCCACAGGAAGUCCACAGAUGGACUUUCUUCAUUCAGAUGAGCUGGCAGACACUAUGUCAUCUGGGGUUGCACUAUACUGAGUAUUACCUGCAAGUACCACCUUCUGCAAGGUUCUGCAUCACUCUCUCUUCUCUCAUGCUCUUGACCCAGAGGGUUACAUCCCUCUCUCUGGACAUCUGUGAGGGGAAAGUAAAAGCAGCAUCAGGAAGCCUCUGGAGCAGGAGCUCUUUGUCUGAACAUCUGUGGAAGGCACUGCCCUUUUUCAGCUACUUGCUUUUUUUCCCUGCUCUCCUAGGAGGUCCUCUGUGUUCCUUCCAGAGAUUUCAGACUCGUGUCCAACAGUGCAGCAAUUUGUGUCCUAGGCAUUCCUUCUGGACUCUGACCGGGAAGGGGCUCCAGAUCCUGGGAUUAGAGUGCUUAAAGAUGGUCUUGAGAGAUGUGUUGAGUACAGGAGCUGAACUGAACAACUGCCAACAACUUCAGUGCAUCUAUGUCACGUGGGGCACAGCCAGUUUCUUUAAACUCACAUACUACUCCCACUGGCUCCUGGAUGAAUCCCUCCUCCAUGCUGCAGGUUUUGGACCUGAGCUUGGUCAGUUCCCUGGUGAGGAUGUAUACACUCCUGACGGGGACAUCUGGACACUGGAAACGACCCACAGAAUUUCUGUGUUUGCAAGAAAGUGGAAUCAAAGCACAGCUCGGUGGCUCAAGCGCCUCAUAUUCCAGCAGGUCAAGGAGUGGCCUCUGCUGCAGACAUUUGCUUUCUCUGCCUGGUGGCAUGGGCUCCACCCAGGGCAGGUAUUUGGAUUCCUCUGCUGGGCCAUGAUGGUACAGGCUGACUACCUGAUUCACACCUUUGCCAAUUUGUUUAUCAGAUCCCGGCUGAUGAGGCUGAUCUACAGAAUUCUCGCAUGGCUCCACACUCAGCUUAUUACAGCCUAUGUAAUGCUGGCUGUGGAGUUCAGAAGCCUCUCCUUGCUCUGGCUGCUGUGUUAUUCUUAUAGUAGUGUCUUUCCUAUAAUAUACUGCAUUUUGCUUUUUCUACUAGCAAAGGGAAAGCUCAAAUAUAACUGA